AUGGCAGCCACUCUCGCAGACGUGACGAUGCAGGCAGCGGCCUUCGCAUCCGUGCCGGCUCGCACGGUGGCGGCUUCCGCCACCGCCAGGCCUCUGGUUUCCAGCUUCGCGGGGAUGUCGCUCGCGGCCAAGGCGUCGCACAAGGCCGUCGCACCCUUCGUCAACGCCCCGGCCGUGUUGGAUAUCAACAAGAUCAAGGAGCUUCUGCCGCACAGAUACCCCUUCCUGCUGGUGGACCGAGUGAUCGAGUACCAGCCGGGAGUGACGGCGGUGGGCAUCAAGAACGUCACCGUCAACGACAACUUCUUCCCCGGCCACUUCCCCGAGCGCCCCAUCAUGCCGGGGGUGCUCAUGGUCGAGGCCAUGGCUCAGCUAGGAGGCAUCGUGAUGCUCACUGACGACUUCGGUGGCAAGAGAGACGCAUUCUUCUUCGCUGGCGUCGACGGGGUCCGUUGGCGCAAGCCGGUGGUUCCCGGUGACACCCUGGUCAUGCGCAUGACCCUCACCAAGUACCAGAAGCGGUUCGGAAUCGCCAAGCUGGCGGGCAAGGCGUACGUGGGUGGUGACCUGGUGUGCGAGGGCGAGUUCAUGCUCGCCCUCGGCAGCUAA